UCCUCUUUUAGUGCCCGGACACGAGUGCUCCACCGCCUGCGCCUGCGCCACCACCACCGCUCGCCACGUCGACGAGCUGAGGAGCUUCUCGCGUUCGUCUCCCAGGGUUUGGAGUGGAGCGGAGGGGAGGGAUGAUGCAUGCCAAGUCGGAGUCGGACGUGACGAGCCUGGCGCCGUCGUCGCCGCCGCGGUCGCCGAAGAGGGCGAACUACUAUGUGCAGAGCCCGUCGCGGGAGUCCCACGACGGCGGGUACAAGUCGUCGUCGAUGCAGGCGACGCCGGUGUACAACAGCCCGAACGAGUCGCCGUCGCACCCGUCCUACGGCCGCCACUCCCGCUCCUCCUCCGUCAGCCGCUUCUCCGGCAACCUCCGCGACGGCGGCCGCAAGGGCGGCGCCGGCGCCGGCGAGCGCAAGGCGCUCAACGACAAGGGCUGGCCCGAGUGCAACGUCAUCGAGGAGGAGGGUCCCUACGAGGACCUCGACGGCGACAGCGGCCUCUCCCGCCGGUGCCAGAUCAUCCUCGGCUUCCUCAGCUUCGUCCUCCUCUUCACCGUCUUCUGCCUCAUCAUCUGGGGCGCCGCGCGCCCCUACGAGCCCGACGUCGUCGUCAAGAGCUUGACGAUGGAUGAUUUCUACGCUGGUGAGGGCACAGACCAUAGUGGAGUUCCAACCAAAUUGGUCACGCUUAACUGCUCUCUGCACAUAGCUGUAUACAACCCUGCUGCAAUGUUUGGGAUCCAUGUCACUUCGGGUCCUAUUCACCUGCUCUAUUCAGAGAUCUCUAUCGGGGUUGGACAGGUUCGCAGGUACUACCAGCCGAGGAAGAGCCACCGCGUGGUGACGGCGGUGAUCCACGGCGAGAAGGUGCCCCUCUACGGCGCCGGCGGCGGGCUGAUGCUGUCCAGCACCGGCGGCGCGGUGCCGCUGACGCUGGACUUCGACCUGACCUCGCGGGGCUACGUGAUCGGCAAGCUCGUGAGGGUGACGCACAAGGUGCACGUGACCUGCCCCAUCGUCGUCGACGCCAAGAAGACAAAGCCCAUCAAGUUCUCCAAGAAGGCCUGCGCCGUCUACAAGAUCUGAGAGCUCGUCUCGUCGUCCAUCACGCUGGCGGCCGGCCGGCCGGCCGGCCUCACCGGCUGGGAUUGAUCAGCCACGUAGCCGUUCUUCCGUUUCUUGCAGCUUGCAGUUGUCUGUAUGUAUUUGUAGCAUUAUGCUGGUGAAGAACAAUAAGCUUUUAUGUGAUCACUUGUUAAUUUGAGCUUCGAUUUUGUCGAUAAAUCAGUAAAUCACUUUGUAUGGUAGUGUUUCCUUUCCCAUUUCUUUCUUUCAUAAGGAAAUUAUGUACCAAAGUGUGGUACUAAGUCUAGAUGGUUUCAAGAUAA